AUGGAAAUUUCCCCCAGUAUCUCUGCUCCGGCCAUUUCCCCACUGCAUAUGUCCACGGACUCCUCUCUUGCCGCCGUCGCCUCUCCCUUUCUUCAAUCUCGCUUCCGCUCUCGCCAACAAAAGAAAAUGAGCAUCACGCAAACAUACUACCUCGCCCACACCGCCCGCAAGAAGCUUACCCGGGAGGCUUCGCGGGCGGAUCACGAUCUCCGCCUUUUGGUGGGCCAUGCCAACCUGCUCGACUCUUUGAUGAUAGACCUUGCUGAUGCCGAACGUGAGCAAGAACGGUGGUUCAACCAGACCGUCAACGGAGCGGCAAAGACCUCGACCCGCGAGAACAAGUCUCGCCAUAUCCAAUGGGCAUCAACCGUGGUUGAAGAGCCCGAAGAGGACGAGACGGAGGAUUGGGACCCGGAAGAUGCGUCCGACCUGGAUUCAGAUUUGAGUGACAGCGACGAGGAGGAUGACUCCGACUUUGAUGAGAAUGACUUUGUCAUCACCACUCCCGUUCGCCUGCGUUCUCCACCACCCGCCUCAAUCUCCUCUCAACAACACCUGGCCACUGCCACAGGGCCUGCCUUUCUGGAUGAUGAAGGCGAAGAGACUGAUUCGGACUUUGAAUACGACGAUGCGGAGGAUCUGAAUGAGCUCACUUUGACCCGAUCGCCAUCUCGUCAAUCACCUCCGGAGUUAUUGGCCGACGAUGAUUCCUCAGAAGAUGAGAGCAUGCCGCCCUCGCCGCUACAACCUACUCUGGAGUCCUUUGACGCCAAGGAGUCUACCGCUGAGGCGAUUGCCUUGACCGAUGACCACCGAUAUGAAUCAGGAUUCUACAAUCCACGAGAACAGAGCACCAUUGUCGAGGCCUACUGA